UGUAAACAAAUAUGGCUGCUUCGGAAGCAGUGCCUUACGCAAAAGGUAUUCUUCAUGGUGUAUACGAUUCGAUUUUAGGAAUAAUUACUUUUUUUAAACCUAUAUAUCAAAAGCAAGAGAGCAGCCAUUCUGUAUCUGAACCAGAGACAGAAGAGAUUAAUGUAAACCACCGAAGCAAGAGGCGUCUGAGACAGACGUCAUCGACACCAAAUUCAAAAAUAUCUCAAAGACAAAGCUAUAAAGAAAUCUAUUCCAUGAUGAUGCAAUGUUGUAUUUUAAAUGGAGGUAUCUUUUGGAUGAGUAUUCUUCUAUUUGAGAAUUAUCUAAUACCAGUCUUACAGUGGCUUACCUAUCUCAUUUUUAAAACUAUCACUGGUUCUGAGACAACCCAAAGUUUGAUGUGGAAAUGGAUGGUGCCAACAUUAUCUUAUAUAUUCCGUGCAUUUUGGGUAAUUCCUCUAUUCUGGCUCACAAAACCUCUUAACAGCCUAUGGUAUCAGGAAAUAGCUGACUUGGCGUAUCGCAGACGGAGUGGUAAACCAACAGUUCUCUUGUCAUCAAGUGGCAGCCUGGCUCAAAAUGUCAGUUUAACCAUUGCUGAUAUAUUCUUUAGUUUGUUAAUUCAAGGCUUUUUCUUGCUACAGGCGACUUUAGUUGGCAUUGUACCUAUUGUGGGUCCGGUACUCAGUCUAUUACACAUGACUUUACUACAUUCGCUGUACAGCUUUGAAUAUACAUGGGUGAAUAGAGGGUGGAGGGUUGAUAAGCGCUUGGCCUUCAUAGAAACAAACUGGCCUUAUUUUGUUGGCUUUGGUCUCCCAUUGGCUGUUCUAACGAGCGUGUCUUCUUCAUUCGUCGUAAGUGGUUGUAUUUUUGCCAUUCUGUUUCCGUUGUUUAUUGUCAGUGGAAACGAAGCUCAACCGAUUGAAACAGAAAGUGUACCAAUUCGUAUAUUUUCGAUAUCAAUUUGGUUAACUAACAAGAUGUUGAGAAAGUCGUGGUCAAGAACUAAACUUCAAAUCGAGAAAUAAAUAAUUAUAUGAUUUUAAAAUUUGAACUUCUGUCAAGGAAAUUCGUUCGUGUUGAACAGUGGCGACUCAAAUACCAGGCGAAAAUGCGCCAGAUUUCAAUAGGUGUAGUCAAUAAUCUAUUUACAAGCCUUGAAUGAAGUAUAUGAGCUAAUGCCUGCAUAUCUUUUCUAUUCCUAUAUAUUAUCAAUCAGGAAAAAUAUAUCCGGCUGAAUUUUUAAAAUUGGAUAGAUCAGUAUAUACGAUCAGUAAGACCACUUAAUUCCACCGUGGAUAGAGACAUGAUAAAACCAUUCAGCCUGGUGAUGGACCACUGCAUAUGUGGACUGAUAAACCAACGUGAUAUACACUGUGAGUACACUGAUACGAUAUACCUAUAAUAAAUACCUGCUUGUAGGUAAAUCAAAUAACCCCACAAAUCAUGCCAAUCCCACACAGUUCACUCCGAGCUGAUGAAUUGUUUCGGGACGUUCAGGAUUCAGUCUUGAAUGUUGUUCCACUUGCAAAUUAACCUAAGCAAAAUUAAGCAAAAUGGGUUACAAAUGAUUUCCAUUCAUGCUCCAGUUGUGUCUGAGCAAAGGUAGUUAGCUACAUCCGAAAAUGUGAAUUGAGUGGCAAUGGGCAUUGUACUGAUUGUAGUAGCCUAAGAUUCAAUGUAAUAUUACACAAAUUAAGCUGUAAAUUGUGUAGAUAAUUGUAUAUUUAUAUAUUAAAUAAUUGUAUAUCAUUUUUCAAAAUAUAAUAGA